AUGCGAUGGCAGGGGACCUCGACGAUAGCACCCAAACCAAGCUCUUUGGCUGAGGUACCCCGAUUUGAUCGCAGCAUGAUUGCCCACGCAGACCUGCAUGCGCCUUUGAGCAUGCAUGAGGUGAAGCCCUGGUCUUGCAGUGUUGAUGUCCAUUUUGCAGACCUUCAGGAACAUUUGCUCAAUUGCUUGCAAGUGCAUUGUCCGAGGCCUCGAACUGCGGCCAAAAAACCUUAUUUGUCGCCGGAAUUGUGGACAUCAAGGGAACAAAAGAUCCGUUGCCGCAAGAAUUUGAAAAUCAACAGCAAACUGCUCCAAAGGGAAACUUUGGCGCGUGUCUUUUCGGCAUGGCAACAGACUCUUGGCAAAGAGGACUCUGUCACGCUGGACAUGUCAUUGAAUUUUGGCACUUCGCUCCGUUGCUUUGCCGUGCACCUCACAUGCCAAUAUCAUCGAUUCUCCAAACAGCUGAGGACCAGCAUUGCAAAGGCCAAAUCCUUGCUGUUGAAACACGCACUGGAUGAACUGCCGAGAAACACGCCUGCCAGUUGUAUCCUACAAGUCCUGAGGGCAUACACCGGUCCAAACCAAAAGCUACGGCAAGGCAUGACACCUCUACCAGCCAUCAAAGACCAGCAUGGUGAUGGUGCUCGUGGCGUUCGCAUCGAUGAGCACACGCAGAGAAAGGAAUGGAUUGAAAACUUGCAAAAGCUUUCAGCCACCAACCUGCACUUCCCCAUUGAGCAUCUGCCAUCGCUGUGUGAACUUGAAUUUUCACUUCGACAAAUGAAAGCUGGAAAAGCCAGUGGACCUGAUUCAAUACCAUCAGAACUUUGCAGAAGUUUCCCUGGCCCCAUUGCCAAACAGAUCUACACACUGAUGAUGAAGACGGCCAUCCAAGGUCAUGAACCUUUAGCCUUGAAAGGCGGCACAGCGUUGCCGAUUUGGAAGGGGAAAAAGCAGAAGGAUGGCGCAAGAAGGUGCCAGUUGUCCUAUACUCAUUUGACCAAGGCGUUCCUGCGCACGCACCAUGCCAGACAACAUGCAACUGCAAUUCUGUUUGUUGAUUUGGAAGCCGCCUUUUAUAAGGUUGUGCGACCGCUUGCCCUCUCUGGCCAUUGGGAUGACGAACUUUUAGCCUGCAUGACGGCGCGCCUCAAUUUGCCGACGGACACUCUCCAUGCACUGCACAACAAUCUGCAACAGCCUGGGGCCACAUUGACGGCUGCUGGGAUGGAUGCACACUCACGCAGAGCCCUCCAGGCUGUCCAUACGGACACCUUCUUUCAAGUCCCCUCGCAGGAAGACAGAACCCAGACGCACCUCGGAACAAGACCGGGAGAUGCGUAUGCGGACGUUGUUUUCGGGUAUUUGAUGGCUCGUAUCUUGCACAAGUAUCAAGACCAGCUUAGUCAACUACAAGUUCUUUCCGAAAUUCCUGACAUGGAGUCGCCAGUCCUCUUUGGACGUGCAGGCCAUCAGAGACCAUCCCCAGUGCCUUUUGUAGUAGGACCAGCCUGGAUGGAUCUUGCUCUUUGCCUCUGGGGCCAAACCACAGAUGCUGCGGUCGCCAAACUUGGAGUUGCAACAGGGGUAUUGUUAGACCUCUUUCGGGAGCAUGCCAUGAGCCCUAACCUCUCGCGAGGCAAGACAGAGCUCAUCCUGACGCCCAAAGGAGGCGAAGACAAGCGCAUCGAGUUAUUCCAAUGCCUGGUCAUGAGUAAACUCUCUUACGCCAUGGAAACAUGGACACUCCAGGACUGGCAGACAAGGGAGUACGUGCAUGCAGCCAUCAUGCGUCUCUACCGACGCCUCCUGAAGGCUGCCCCAGAUGAGCAUCUGUCAGAUGACAUGAUAUUGGUGACAUUGGGACUGCCAUCUCCAACAGAGGUUUUCCAACAUGCACGUCUCCGAUAUCUGGCCACUUUGAUGCAAGUAGGCGAACAAGCCUGCUGGGGAUUGUUGAAUCAAGACCAAGCCUGGCUCGAUUUGGUGCAAGAUGACUUAGUUUGGAUGUGGCAGCAGUUGGCCAACACCAGUGCGCUGGGCGAUCUGGCACAGCACUUUGAACGCUAG